UUCACUCAAUCGUACAUACGCAAGGGUGUCAACGUGUUAACAAUGAUUCGACGAUAAUGGGAUUCCCAAGAAUUGCACUUGCGUCUCUUGAGUUUCAUGAUCAUUUUUUCAGCAAAAUUAUAUAUUUGGGACGGGUUUGGUUACUUAUAUGCAAAUAGAAUUAUUUGCAUAAUCCGGUUUCGGGUCGAGUGACGCGGAUUGGAAACCGCUCCCACAAAAGUGAAUUUUUAUUCCUCCACGGCCACGUGAUAUUUGUCCCCACCGCGGGUUUCCCCUCCGGCCUUGAGUGUCUAAUCUGCAUACGUAUUGCUCCCUUAUUAUAUUUCCACUCUCCUCAAAUCCCCCAUGAGUCAGUUCCUCAAGUCAUUCAUAACCACUUAAGGAUACCUCUGCAUCUUUAUGGUUGGUUAACUACUUGGUGGCGUUAUUAUUAUUAGCAGGAUUCUACAUGGUUGCGAAUCGUCGUGUUUACUUAACGGCAAAAUUCAUAAAGCAACGCACAACAAAUGAAUGGAUAACAAAUCACGCUCUAAUUGAAAACAAACAGGUCCUCGCAUGUUUACAAAUAUCUGCAUUUGGACGUUGACAAUGGGGACUACGUGGCGUGGUGUGUGUAGAUAUGUACGUAUGUAAACCCAUAGUUUAAAUCGCUUCCGCAUCAUUGCCCACUCCAGACCUUUGUCAAUAUCGGGACAUCAAUCACAAUGCUGUACCCGAUUACUCGUCUUCUUUUCGCCUUCAUUCUCCUCAGAGUCGGGGUCACUGGACACCCCGGGUCAGGAUCAGAGACUCUUGAGGAUAGUGCGUCCGUUGACAAGACUCGCCUUGCGCGAGGCAGCGCCCCCGGAGGAACAAAGUAUGAGGGUCUCCUCACCCACAAGAAGGGCCCUUCGCCUCCCGCUUCGCAUAAAAAGGCGGCCCCGGUGACCACGCCCGCGCCAGAAACUCAUCUUCCGGACGGGGAGGAAGGUGGUUCAGAGUCCUUCUCCCGUCCGACCUGGUCAGAAACCAAGUCAGACCAACCCGGCUGCAAGGAGAAGUGUAAAGCACCCCCGACCGAUGCGGCCUGCGCCCCUGUCAACAUUUACGACAAAACUGUUCCACGUGCUUCGGGACCGAAUGCGCAGUGCUGUCCAACGCUGAAAUGUUUUAUGCCGGACGGAUCCUACUUCCCGUUUCAUGGAAUCCAAGGCAAGGGUCCCAUCACCACGGUGGCCAUUGUCCCCCCACCUUCCGCCGCUCCUUCCCCACCCACCACGACCACCACUCCGAAACCGGGUGAUCCCUGGGGUUCCAGUGACAGCAGUACCACCACCUCCGUCAAACAUCACGAACACGGCAUUGAGGUCAACGUCGUCGCGACCGGGUCGGACGACGCCAUCGCGAACGCUGUCGACGACGACGCACUCCCGGCCGCCUUUGACGAGGAGAUGUACAACAUGGAGAAGGAGAUGGCCAAAAUGAGUGCGCAGAUGGACGCCGACAUGGGCGACAUGAUGAACAUGAAAUUCAAGCGGGCCAUCUCUCCACCCACACACACCGCGGCCUCCUACGCGACAAUGUUGUACGGCGCGAUGAUUUGAAGUUUGCAAAAUUCAAGAAAAAAAUUAUAAUGAUGAUCAUUUCAAAAUUAUUUAUUUAUUAAUAUAAUACCGAUGAUA